UCAGGUUAAAUUCAUUUCACUUUAUUUCUAUAUCGGAAAUAAAAGAUGCGCAGCAACGUUUUCACAACUUAACAACCGCGCUACUUCCGGCGUCCCGUUGCCAUGACAACCGCUACACUCCAGGCGACAGGACGAAGGAACGGAGAUCGGGUGAAACCAGGUGAGCUUCCGCUUCUUUCAGCUGCUGGUUUCGGACCGGAACAAAGAGAGGCUCUGAGAACUUUUUCUACGUGCUGGCAUGUCUGACGUCAGAGGAAGUAUGACAUCACCGCGGCUGGGCGUGGUCAGAAAAUCGAUGCUGAUGGACCCUCUGCUGAUAAAGAAUAAAGCGGGUAAAUUUGCAGAAACCAAAAGCAGCCUGCUAAGGAGGAACAGACCUCUGCCCGUCUCACAGACACCUUUCAAGCUGCCGCAGUUCUCACAGGUCCCUCCAGCUCUGGACACCUUCAGGGACCCAGGGGCCCGGCCUCGGGCCCUCAAAGCUCCUCAGCAGCCACAGACCCAGAGAGGAGGUCCUGAUCAUGGGACAAACAGUCUGGACUGAUCCGGAUCAGAACCGGACAUGUUAACACCCCUCCUAAUAAA